AUGGCGGCUAGGUACGCCACCACUGCAACGCUCUGCUUCUGGGUUUUCAUUUUCCUCUCAAUAUGCGUUAGCUUAAAGGCGGUGGAAAUUCCCACCAAACCAAUAGAGGAUGAAGCUGCGAAACAGUGGAAGGCGGCUAAAGAAGCUGCCGAAAGGGCUUUCGACCACGCAGCAGACAUAUCGGGUGCCUCAAAGAUUCUGGCCGCCAGAUCCGGAGUAGCAGCCCUCUUCCCGGCUGUCAUCUCUGCUGCCGCAUCGCUCGUCGUCCUCUACUGCAGCUGA